AUGGAUAAUUCGACUACUGGAAGACCUCCGAGCACGGGAAAAGACGCCGACCGUCCGAGCAAGCGGCGCAAAAUAGCUGUGGCUUGCGAUGAAUGCCGUGCCCGGAAGAUCCGGUGCGACGGCGCACAACCCGUGUGUGGACCAUGUACAAAAAAGGCAGAUGCGGGGGUGCAGUGUGUUUACACUGGAAUGCAAAAGCUUGAUGUAAAAAGCUAUAUUACUACCUUGGAGAGUCGUCUCAGGGCUUUUGGACGGCCGCGUCGUACUCCGGCACGGGCAUCAACGGGUGUGGGAAAUGGGAGCUCAGACCACGUUCAAGAGCCCACCUUGUCAUAUAGCCCGGCCUCGUCAUCUGGCGUGCCUGUAGCUACUCGGUUCACUCCAUCAUCCUUAGGUCCGGAUAAUUGUCACAGGUUAUCAAGUGGUAUCCCUGCCAAUACCAAUGCAGGUGACAACUCCCCGUCUGCUAGUGCGUAUCGAAGCCCUUCCGGAAGAAAUGCUGGCUACGUAUCCGGGCUGGCUCAGACGCGUCAACGAGCGGACGGCGUGAAUGCAAUGAUGGGUGCGGUUGAAGAAGAGCGCCCGACGCAAGGCUUCUUUGGCAGCUCUAGUGCCGCCAGCUUCAUGCAUCAGAUCAAGAUGGCCGUCGACAAAAGAGUCACCUCACCCCGCCGGCGAACAUCAGACACCAUUUUAGGAGUAUCUCAUGCUCCAGGGCUCAUGAGUACGACAUCGGAAAGACGUUUUAAUGUUCAGAACUAUGUCUUGCCACCGAGAAAGACGGCAGAUAGCCUAAUGGGAGUUUAUUGGUCUUUCGUCUUUCCCCUCUAUCCCCUUGUGGAUGGUAUCCGGUUGAGGGCUGAAUAUGAGAAGGUCUGGACGGGUGAACCACUCGAAAAUGACGAAUCGAUGCUCAUGUGUACACUUAACGUCAUAUUUGCUCUCGCCUGCCAGCUGGCUGACUUCAUCCCCCCAGAGGAGCGAGAGGCAUCCGCAGACGCAUUUUUUUCGCGCGCGAAGGAUCUUCUCCAGUUCAACCUUUGGGACACAGGGUCUGCUGCCCUCAUUCAAUGUCUACUUUUGAUGGCGCAGUACCUGCAAAGCACUGAUUCGGCCCACCAGUGUUGGAUCGUUACUGGCCUGGCCAUACGGAAUGCCCAAAGCUUAGGUCUACAUCUUCCGCAAACUAUUGCCCGGCUGCCGAGCCCACAGGAACAGCAGCUCGCACGCAAAAUAUGGCACGGAUGUGUGCUGAUGGAUAGAGUGAUCUCCAUGACGUUCGGACGACCCGCAAUGAUAUCGAAAGCGUCCUGUGAAUCGGUACCCUUGCCCGCCACAGUGGAUGAGGAGUAUAUUCCGACCGCUUCCGGCAUCGAAGCUACACAACCAGCAGAUCAGCCAUCUGUGAUGGCAUUCUAUGCCAAGUCACUUGAGUUGUAUGAAAUCAUGAACGAUAUCUUACUGAGUUUAUAUAAACCUGUCCCCGAAGAGAGUCCAGAGGACAUGUAUGACUUGUAUUUCAAUAAGGAGACUAGUCAGGGCGAGCGAACGAUCUUUGAACUUGACCGAGCUCUAUCCAAGUGGAGCCAAAGCCUUCCGUCACAUUUACGGGGAAACUCGCCUGCGGGCUCUACGGACGUGGUCUUCUACCACCAGAGUGUGGUUCUGAGAGCGAGAUUUCUACAUGUCCGUAUGCUUCUGUUUCGCCCGAUAUUGUCCAGGUACUGUGCAGCUCGCGACAUCGCAGUCCCCGAUUCUCUUGUUUCCCCCAGCGAUUCAUUUCCCCAACGAAUCGCGUGGCAGUGUUCAGCUAUAUGCGUCAAGGUGGCUCAAGAAGUAAUCGAACUGAUAUAUGGAAACAUCCCUGCGGACGGGUCUUCGGGGCCCCUUCCAGCUUGGUGGUAUAACAUCCUCUAUGUAUACACGGCUGCCACGGUCUUAAUCGCAGGUUACCUUUGUCCCACAGUCCUAGAUGAAGUGACUGAAGGUGCAAUUACAAGGUCUUGGAACUGUGCUUUGGAAAUUCUUCGCAAGUACCAGAGUUACAGCACAUCUGCACGUCGAUGUGUAGCGGCUCUAGAAAUUCUCUAUGAGAGGGUGGUAUCAGAACGGCCUCUAUUCCAUGAACAACCCGCCAGUGAUCAGGAACAGAGUACCGCAUCCAAUGCGGUCAAUGACAUGUCUCUUGGAGAGGGCAUGAAUGCUAUGUUCAUGGAAGGCUUUGAUUGGCCGGACUUCCAAGACAUGUCAUGGCUGAACAGCGUGCCGAGUAGCUUACACUGA